GAAAAAAAACCCUAACAGAAAUUUCCGCCAAAAAAUCACAGUGUCCCCAUUUUAUCGCCGUGAAAUCUCAUGUGGCAUGGCAUCGCCUUGGUAGAAUAAUUGAAUUCAAUCCCUUUCUUCCCAUUCUUUUUAAGAAAAACAGCAAGCCUUCGAUUCCUGAUCUCCGGUCCAAGUUACCCGCGAAAUUAUUAUAAGCUUGUUAAAUUUGGAGGCUGUGUUUUCUUUGUGUUCCUGUAAAUGGGUGCCCCUAAGCAGAAAUGGACACCUGAAGAAGAGGCAGCGCUAAAAGCUGGAGUCAUCAAACAUGGUGCCGGAAAAUGGCGAACGAUAUUGAAAGACCCGGAAUUCAGUAGUGUCCUGUAUCUGCGUUCCAACGUAGAUCUUAAGGAUAAAUGGAGAAAUAUGAGUGUGAUGGCCAAUGGAUGGGGUUCUCGAGACAAAGCUAGAUUAGCUGUGAAAAGGACAUCUAGCUUUAAUAAACAGGAGAGUGCUAUGGAACUCGGUGUUGUUCCAAGUGAUGAAGAUAUCGUGGAUGCUAAACUCAUCACAGCUCCCAACACUACAUUGCAGAUUCCUUCUACAAAGAGAUCCAUUGUUAGGUUAGAUAACCUCAUUAUGGAAGCAAUUACAAGCUUGAAGGAGCCUGGCGGUUCAAAUAAGACAAAUAUUGCUGCAUAUAUAGAGGAGCAAUAUUGGGCACCUCCUGACUUUAAGAGGCUCUUGUCAGCGAAGUUAAAGUAUUUAACAGCUUGUGGUAGACUGAUUAAGGUGAAACGCAGGUAUAGGAUUGCACCGGCUCUGUCAUUUUCAGACAGGAGGAGGAAUCAUUCCGUUCUAUUUUCGGAGGCAAGGCAAAGGGUUUCUCCUCGAUUUGAUAGGGAUGAUGUAAAAAUCCUCACAAAAUCGCAGAUUGAUUUAGAGUUAGCUAGGAUGCGGAAUAUGAAACCACAAGAAGCUGCUGCCGCUGCUGCCCGAGCAGUUGCAGAAGCAGAAGCUGCUAUAGCAGAAGCUGAAGAAGCAGCAAGAGAGGCAGAGGUUGCUGAAGCUGAUGCAGAGGCAGCACAAGCUUUUGCUGAAGCAGCUACGAAAACUCUUAAAGGAAGAAACAAUCAGAAAGAGAUGGUUUGAUGAUUUGAUAAAAUGAGCAAUGAGGUGUUUGAAUGACGCUUUUUGUAGCACUCAGCAGUGAUCAUCCCUAUUUGUAGUAGGCAAACCAGUGAUCAUCUUCAGUACCUUUAGUCUUUGAGAAAAGAAAACGAUGAAGGCCUUUCCGGUUGUAUAUACAUAGGAUUCCUCCUCUCCAGCAGGGCCGCUUUUGAAUAGUAGGUUCCAUUAUUGGUUUCAAAUGCAGGGAUUCUUUCUUUUUGUUCUUUUUGAGAAUAUUAUGGGAUUGCAGUUGAUAUUUAUUCAUUUCGAAUACCUCUGCACUUGGGAUGCCGGAAAACACAGAAACUAGAAUGUACAUAGGGGAUAGGAACUGUUUGUUUCCAUUUGAGAUUUAUCUGUUGUGUAGUUCUUUUAUGUUCUAUGCCAUUCUCAGUAGAAAUGAAUUCAUUUGCU